AUGACCCAAUUCAACCAGGGUGUUAAGCAAGGACUCUUAGCGGCGGCCAAGAACAAGAUUAACUGCAAAUAUAACCAUCAGGCAGAGAAAGAUCUUCGCAACUGGAUAGAAGAAGUUACAGGCUUGAGUAUUGGGACAGACUUUCAGCGGAGCUUAAAAAAUGGCAUAAUCCUCUGCGAUCUUAUAAACAAACUACAGCCAGGCUCAGUGAAGGUAGUCAAUAUAUCUUUAUUAAAUUGGCCUCAGUUGGAGAACGUUAGUAACUUUAUUAAAGCCAUUCAAGUUUAUGGUAUGAAGCCACAUGACAUCUUUGAAGCAAAUGAUCUUUUUGAGAAUAAAAACAUGACCCGAGUUCGGUCUACACUGGUAGCUUUAGCAGGUCUGGCUAAAAGAAAAGGAUUCCAUAAGACAAUUGACAGUCACAUCCAACGUACAGAAAAACUAGCAAGUUGUUUUGAUGGAGAGCUAACAGCUGAGCAAAGUGUAACUGACAUGCAGAUGGGAACCAGCAGAUAUGCCAGCCAGGUAGGAAUGACUGCCAAUGGAACUAGGGACUAUCAUUAUGAUCCUCAAAUGCAAAUGGACAAGCUUUUUGACAGGACAACAGUUGGUCCUCGGAUGGAUACUGACAAAGGAGCCAGUCUGGCUGAAAUGUUAGCACAAGGUAGUGGAAGAGGUAUCUAUGAUCAGAAGCUAACGUUAGGACCAAUGGACUGCUCCACCAUUUUACCUCAGAUGGGUACCAAUAGAGUUGCUUCCCAGAAAGGAAUGAGUGCCUAUGGUCUUGGGCAACAAGUAUAUAAUCCUAAAUAUUUCUCUGUGCCAAUGGAAUGUGUAAUACCUAAUGGAAGCCAAGGAACAGAAACAAAUGGGUCUGAAAUCAGAGAUAGUGAUUAUCAGGCAGAACUUCCAGAUGAAGAUCAUGGCCAGUAUCAAGAUGACUAUCCAAGAGAUAACCAAUAUUGCAACUGGGGAACUGAUGAUUAG